AUGGGGAACAAAGGCAUGGAAGACCUUAUCCCUGUUAUGAACAAAAUUCAAGAUGCCUUUGCGCAUAUAGGACAACCAUCGUCUAUAGAUUUGCCUCAGAUCGCCGUCGUGGGAAGCCAGAGCGCUGGUAAAAGUAGUGUUUUAGAAAACUUUGUUGGAAGGUGAGUGUAAACGUUGAUAAUAGCUAUCAAGAAUCAAUCGAUGUUUACUACUCGAAUAUUGGCAUCAACGGCCUGAAUUUAUGUAAUAUUCUAGGGAUUUCUUACCGCGAGGAUCCGGCAUUGUCACAAGAAGACCACUGAUUCUUCAACUUCAUCCAGCGAAGUCAGGUGAGCUUAGGCCCGGCAAAUUGCAGAAAAGUAAAUGUUUAUUGAAUGAAAUCUGAUCUACAAUGGUUCGUAACGAUUGGUUCAAAUGUUUAGCAAUUGGAGUCGUAAAUUUAAGAUAGCAGGUCUGUUUUGUUACUUUUCAUCCAGUGAUCGACAUUGUCCUGAUAACAGUUGUGCCCAUUAAAAAAAAAAAAUUGUGUUAACGUGUUCAUUUGAUUAAUAAUUGUAUGCAUUUUAUUCUGCUCUAAUCACUCGGGAAUUAGGAUUACGUGACAUUCUAAGAACAGAGAUGAUGAUCUCUUAUAGUUAAAACCAAAACUGCUGAUUGUAAAUCGUUGUAAAGUGAUCUUGAUGGUAAUGUGGUUUGAACAACAUGCAAUUUUUGUUGUUGCAUUCUGUCAGUUAGUUGAAUUAUUGUAAGGCUCGAUCGAAAACGUAAUGAUUUACAUUUAAGUUACAACCAUAAACUCGCCCCAUCAAGAAUAAAUAAAUAAAUGAAUAAAUAAAUAACAUAAUAAUAAUAAUAAUAAUAAUAAUAAUAAUAAUACAGUAAAAUAAAGUGAAAUCUCAAAAAUUAAAAUAGUAAUAAUAAUAAUAAUGAUGAUAUUAUUAAUAAUUACGAGAAGGAUUCAAUGGGGUUAACUGUUUAAUGUAUAAAGGCCUUUUUUCACUAUCGUAAUCGUAUAAAUUACAAAACAUUAACUGACAAGCAUAUAAAAACAGGUGAUUUUAAGCGGAUACAGACCCAAAAAGUAAGAAAUUGAUACAAAAAGAUCAAGACUUUCUACAGUGAAAAGACGAUAUGGUGAGAUAGAAUGAUAGAACUGUAUUUUGUCGAUAUUCCCUUCACUGUGUAAGGCUGUUAGCUGAUGUAUAUGCAACUUGCUCUUUGAUGCAACGUUCCGGUACUUGUUCUAGCCUGAGGUUGUCUCUGAAUUCAAAAUAGAUGGGAACGAGGCUGGAGUUUACCUUGUUUUGCUACAACUCUCUCUGCUUUCUUGUGAAAAUCACGUUGUUCUUAUGCUAACUAGUAUUUUUCAAGCACAAUUUCUAUAAGAAAACAAAGGAGGUUUUGUAUUUAAAUAAGGACCAUCUCAGCCUCACAUUCACUCGAAGGCUAAGAUAUUAUGCCCACUACUGUAAAAAUGGUUUAUUGUCUCAGUGUCCUUGCUCCUUGCUUGUGUGAUCAAUAUUGCAAGGAUGGUGAGAGUGUCUAUAAUCCGGCAUAAUAGGACUGAAUGAAGUCUAAUUAGGCCUGUAAUCUUAUGAACAAUUACCGGUAAACAAAAUCAGACAGCCGUGUAGUGAGAGUCCGAUUUGUUGAAUCCGCUGAAAAGUAUAAUCACAGGUUGUCAAUUGGGCAGGAUGUUUUAUUACCGAUUCCCUUGCCUCACCUCGAACCCAUUGAAGAGUGUGUGUGCGAUUGUAUGUGCUGCUCAAUCACAAGGGUUUUGAGGUCCAAUGAUGCGACGGCAACAAGAAAAUUGCUUGAAAAGUGAGUUUGCACUCUUUUAGUCUUUAUUGCGAUUUUCCCUACACACUUACUUUAUCAAAUGUAGGCAAACCCAGCUGGAGUUGAAUUCCUAUGGAACAUAUCCACGGACAUAUCCAAGUUUCAAAAGAGAAAUUAGAUUUUCAUCAUUGCUUGUUUAUGUUCUCCAUAAAACACGAAAUUGGGCAUUUUCACGUCGUAGUAAUGCAAAUACGGCAAAGAAAUGUACAAAAAGUGUGAUGCACGUUCAAAGUUGUUGUUUUGACGUUCUCUUUGCCGUCACGUUGUUGGAUGAAUGGAUCUUUAAGUCCUUAUAGUUACACAUGACAUGUACUUUCCCAUUACAUUGUCCAAUUAAUGCUGAAGAUGAUCCGGGCUACCUGUAGGCCAUUAGAUCAGAGAAUUCUGCUAUACAUGUAGUUAUGAUAAGCAGCACAAUGACUUAAUUAUACAGAAAUUCAGAUCCGGAGCGCAUUUGUUCAAUAAUUUUAUUUACUGAAAGAGGAUGAAGCAGAUUGUAGUGCUGUGCUGUCUUCCAAGUUCAACCACGGGAGGCAAAUAAGGGUGUCGGUUAGGCUGGAUUUGUAAGAAAUAAUUUAUCUUGAGACUACAUGAUUUGAUGAAGUGUUCAAGAAUCAAAUAUUGCAAAUCAGUACUGGAAAAGUGGGAGAGCUCUUAGGAGUCUUAGGGAAGUGAUUGAUUUGGAAACACCACCCUAUAAACAACUUUAACGUCUGCAGGACUCACAACCAUGCCAACUAACUGACUAAAUGUUGUUUUGUUGCUUGCAGACUAACUAGUGUUUUUUUAGCUGUUUACUGAUUACAACUACACCCCAUUGACACUCUCUUACAAGAAUAAUGAUAAUAAGUAUAAUGAAACAGGAUAUAGAUUGUACAAAAUGUUCCCUAGAUCAUGUUAAGAGGGCUACAAAAUUAAUGGUUAAAAAACGAACGUUUUGAUGUUCAACUAUCAUCUUUAUCAAGUCAAAGGAAAAGAGUUGUUUGGAAAAUAUAAUAAUUACUUAAACAAUAAUUCAUAACUAGACUGAACCUACAGAUGUAUGUAAGUGUCAAAAAUAAUUGAUCAAACAAAGAGCAUGGCAUGGAUGGAAUCAGCUUAAUCAGCUUGGGAGUUCAAGCUUGGUUUGAGUUUUGAACUCAAUCCAAGUAAAUUAUUGUAAAACUGUCCAUUUUUUAAUUCCCUGGUACAUCUUGUUGUGCAUUAACUCUUUGACUUUUGAUUUUGCAUACUGUACAGAGUUUGCAGAAUUUCUUCACUGCAAGGGAAAGAAAUUUACUGAUUUUGAAGAAGUAAGGAAAGAGAUUGUGGCAGAAACUGACAGAGAAACUGGCAGCAAUAAAGGAAUUUCAUCUCUACCGAUUAAUCUUCGGGUUUUCUCCCCUCAUGGUGAGUGGGUAGUGGCCUUGAUUGGGUGGCUUUCCAUGACUAUAUACAUGAAGUAAUGGGAUUGAGACAGGUGAUUUUCAGUCAGUGACACAGGUGGCUUGGAAGAAAAAUCCAAUUGGAUUCAAACCUCUGACCCUCUGGUUAUUGACCCAGAUGCUCUAACACUAAGCUACAAGAGACUCAUGGGAGUUCAGUGCAUUAAACUAGAUUCAUGUGCAAGGCAGGUUCUAACAGAGCCCAGUGGUCCCUGGUGCCCAACUUUUGCUCUUGCUCGACUAGAAAAUCUUAUUUUUUUCAUAAAAAUUCUUAUACUGGGCACUCUAGAUUUUACAGUUUCAGAGCACUGGGUGCUAUUCAAUUUUCCUUAGAGCACAGCCUUGAUGUGAAAAACAUCCUGCAUACUGCUAGAAUUAGUUGAUCUCAAUGCAUGUUACACAUGCAUGUGCUUUUGCACCAUGAUAGAAUGCCACUCUGAUCACUAGGAAACAGGGUGGAAAAUGUUAAUUUCUAUCUUCGUUUAGACUGGGGUAUGUCAAAGGUCUCAGAGAAUCAGAAACACACACUUUAUCAAGUCAAAUAUUUGCAUACAACAAAAGAUUGUCAUUCUUUUUAGAAAAAAUUAAUAAUGUUUAAGGUUUGACUUCUUAUGUACAUGUAUAGACUGUUACACAGACCAUACGUGCUAUAAGAUGACUUCCUUAUAUACUCUACAAUAAUCAGUUAUAAAUAUUUUUAAUAUUUAUUUAUGAGAAAAAAAAUUGUUUUUAACGUUGUAUACUAGAAAUGAACCCUGUGGAAGUCAGUCUUCUUUUAAUAAUUUAGUGACACAAACUUAUUAAAGCCAGGUUUCAUUUUGAAAUAAUUGCGAUGUUUUUUUUUUUGGAGUUUAGCACUAGCAGAAGCAAACCAUCUAAGGCCCAAUACAUGUAUCUUACUCGCAAAUUUUUUUAAAUGUUUUAGUGCUGAAUUUGACUCUGGUGGAUCUUCCUGGCAUGACAAAAGUUCCUGUUGGUGAUCAGCCAGCAGAUAUAGAAAUGCUGAUUAGAAGCAUGUUGAUGCAGUUUAUCACCAAACCAAACUGCCUUAUACUGGCAGUGUCACCUGCAAACUCAGAUUUAGCUAACUCUGAUGCACUGAAGAUUGCAAAGGAGGUAGAUCCUGAGGGUAAGUUUUUGAUUGCACUCUUUGUACUUGGCCAGUUUUUUUGGAGGUGUGUAAAAUAAUAUUGCUCCAAGAAAAUGAUGCAGAAGAAUAUAAAAUUUGAACUAAGGAGAAAUUUAUCACUUAUUACAUGUAUAUAGUUCAUUCAGUUUUUCACUGGCCCUGGCCUCUGCUGCACUUACUGACUCUGUACAGGAAUAAAUAUCGAAACGGACUGAACAUUGAUUAAAUUUGUCUUUCGAUGAUUCAGGUGUACGAACGAUUGGAGUAAUAACCAAGUUGGACCUCAUGGAUGAAGGAACAGAUGCCCGGGACAUUCUAGAAAACCGAGUCCUUCCUUUAAGAAGAGGUCAGAAAGGUUUUUGUUUUUCACCGUUGUAUGAAUUCACUGUAGUUGAAAAGUAGUACUGCUUAAAGUGACUAGGAUAGCAGGCUACACUAAAAUCAAAGUCUUUUACUGUUCUUCCAGCCCCAGUUGUUUAAAAGGUGGAUAACGCUAUGGUGCAAUUGGUUUCCCUAAUACUUAUCCACUGGGUAGUGAUUUUUCCAGUGGAUAGUGCAAUCCAGUGUUUGAUCAACUAGGCCCUAGUCUCUGGGCAAACAAAGUUAGUUAAUCAAAGUGAGUUAAUUGCCAGGGGCCAACUUGGCACUGCUGGAGCAAACCCUGUUAUGGGCACACUGAGUACAUUUUUGAGCCUAUUCAUCCUAUAUUUGUCAUGAAUGAAACUUUCCAGUGUGUCCAGUACCUCCAAGGAGAUAUUGGAGGGAUAUGCUGUAGCCAAGCCAAAUUAUUGUUUUGCUUGCCGAUGAUUGCAGCAGCUGGAGGAAACUUAUGGUUGCCUGCUUGACAUUAAUAAUGAUGAUGAUGAUGAUGAUGAUUAUGAUGAUGGUAGCAAUAAUCAAACUUUGGUUUCUUUGCCAUAAUCAAAAGUUAAGCAGGGCUGUCUUUAAGAGGUGGGGGCAGGGGAUUUCCCCUGGCUUCUUUGAUAGGAAAAUUGAAGAAAAAUGGAACUAAAAGAAAUCCUUAGCUGUUUGAUUCCCCCCUACUUGUUGUAUUUACUUGGCAACUUGAAGUCUUAGUGACAACCCUGGUUAAGAAUGUUGACUUCAUUGACUUUAUUAAUUUUUUGCAGGCUACGUUGGAGUGGUAAACCGAAGUCAAGCUGACAUUGAUGGAAGAAAAGACAUCAGAUCAGCUUUAGCUUCUGAACGUAAAUUUUUCCUCAGUCAUCCUUCAUACAGGUGAGAGCAUGAAUUGAAACCAAAGUUCUGGAAAAGUUUAAGCUAUUGUUUUGCAUAGAUAGGGCUAUCCAACUUUUGAGCAACUUGGGCCUAUUAGCAUCAUUAUGGUUGUUUGUGAUUGGUGCGUUAUGAAUCUCACUCAAGCCUGGUGGGUCUUAAUCCAAAGUUGGAUGUUGGAUGUUGUGUUGUCUGAUCCACACUUCUGGAAUCUCAGUUCUACUAUCUCUAUCUAUAUUAGGGUGAGGUCUUAUGUGAAUAGCCUAGUGUCUGUUUUUUUGUUGUUUUUUUUUUUCCUCAGAGAUGCGUGUACGGAUUUAUUGCCUGUAGAUGUGGUUUCAUAGUAAUGUUUUCCUCACUCUCUGCAUUUUUAGGAUCUGAAAUUCACAUUCUGUGCUUGCUAAAUUACAGAAAAUCCCAAAGAGAUUGAACAAAGUGGUUGAUAGACUUAUGGUCUGUUGUUUGUCAUAUACAUAUGUUACAGGUCAGAAUUAAAUUCAGGUUAAUUUUUUUUAACCUAGGUUGAUUCUCAGUUUCCUUUGUCUCCUAGCUCUGAUUAUUCAUGAAUUAGGGCUAGGAGACACAGGAAUUUGAGAAUCAACCUAGGUUGAAAAAUUUCAACUUAAAUUUGAUUUUUACCUGUAACAAGUACAUGUACAAUGUACAUGUUGUAAGUUUUUACUUCUGUAAUGUUGGUUAUCAUUUCAGGCAUUUAGCAGACAAAAUGGGGACUUCUUAUUUGCAAAAGAUUCUUAACCAGGUAAGAUGCAGGAUAAGUAUGUUAUAAUAUGAGAAAAGGACAUCACCCCCAUCCAUGUCUCCCACUUUCCUUUCUUCUCUCCUAUCUUGCAUCAGUGACUGUGUAAUGGGUACCUGACCUCCCCACUGCUUAGGUGCAAAUGGCUGGGUUACCAGGCUUUGUUAACGUUGUAGAGUGGCUUACAUGUAUGUGAUCAGGGCUCCAACCUUGAGAUGAUCUUGUCCAAGCAGCUCUUACAUUUUGCUCGGCAAGGAUCAUUGAAUGUGUGUCUUGGAGCGUUUACCAUUCAUUUGUCAGAACUGACUGGCCAGACCAGUCCAGUCAUUUAGAGAAUUCCACUGUUACGACUAUCUAGCCUGCAGAUCAGUUUAUUCCUAAAAUUAAUGGUACAUGACUGUAUGCACAGCAGUGACGGGUUUUAGUAAAAUUGUCGAGAAAAGACUAAUAUUUCUUCUUCAAAAUGACCGGUCUUGCCAGCCAGUUCCCACUUUUGGAAAGCAUCCUCAGUUACUGAUCUAAUUUCAAGAUGACAUUUGUAGACCCUUACCCAUUGGAAAAGUGAGCUACGUGUAAAAAGUUACUUGCCCAGCAGGAAAAUCCGCAUUGCACUAGCCCCCUUCAACUGGAAGGAACCCUUUUUGGGCCCUGAUUGCAAGCAGCCCCUGGAUGCUUAAAGCACCCAUCCUGAUCCACUGUUUUGAUGUACAUUUAUGAUCUUAAUUUUAUUUAAUUUUUCAGCAAUUGACUAAUCACAUCAGAGAAACAUUGCCAGCACUCCGAAGCAGAUUAGAAGAGAACAUCAUGGCACUUGAGAAGGAGGUUAAAGGAUUUGAACACUACAACCCUGAUGACCCAUCCAUGAAGACCAAAGCCUUGAUGCAGUGAGUGGCAUGCAAAAGUUCUUAGGGACUGUGCAAUAAUUACCUGGAAGUGGGGGGGGAGGGUUGGAAAAUUAGAGAGGGGGGGCAUAGGAAAAAAUGGCAACAAGAGAGAGGGGGGGUUGGAUGUAAAAUUUAAUACAUACAGGGGGGGGGGGGCAUUACUUUUUCAUUCCUUUUUGCAAACUGGAAAAGUAUUGAAAGAGUUAUUAGAGUUCAAAUAAUUAUAACUUUAAUAACAUUGGAAUAAAACUGACAAAUUUAUCCACUCCAAGGUGUUCUGAUCUAUGAACUGUUGUUUUCCUAUCUGCCAUGCAGUAGGAAAGGAAUGCCUCUGUUAUAUAUGUUAAAACUACUUUAUUAGCUCUAGGAUUUAAUAAAACAAGAAACUGUUGCAAAAGUAGCACUGACUAUAAUGUUAUUCAAUGAAAAAGAAAGAUGCCACUGUUAGCACACAAGACAUCAUGAUUUAGCAGAAUGAAAAACCCAACUGUUGAAAUUUUAAUAGCACACAAUACAAAUUAAUUUAAAGUAUUCUAAAUAAAACAUGUAAAAGAUGUAAAAGCGCUUACCAACAAGCUGCUGAAAAUGUAUCUAAAGCAAAAAGGUCUUAACAUACAUACAUACAUACAUACAUACAUACAUACAUACAUACAACUUUAUUUAUCCUCGUAUUUCAGUGUAGCUUACAUAGCUAGUAUCUCCGAUCCUAACUAAUUUUAAAAGUUACAACAUAUAUGAUAUAAUAUAAAUUAAUGUAGUAUUAACUACAACCGUGCACUAACAAUUUGCGCUUAAAUUCACUAUAAUCUACAGUCUUUCUAAAGUGAUCAGGUAGAGAAUUCCAGUACUUAACAGAUGAAUAGCUAAAGGAAUUUAGACCAUAUGUGGUUGUAGAUGGCUUAGGAAGUGAUAAAAUAUUAGUACCCCGUAGGUCUUAAGAUAAGUGGAAGCAAAGCUGAGUUGAUUGAUCGAGUUCUCACCCACGCACGUGGGAACCUUCAGUGCCAGAGUGCUGUAGAAGAUGAGGAAUCUCCCAAUUCAUGCGAAGACGACACAAUCUUAGAGUUCAGUGUUUCUGAUGACUAUUCAAAUGACUCUUCGACGUAUGUCCAAGAGUCAUUUGAAGUGAUGUUUGUAUUGGAGGAAGAAAUCCAACAAGUAAACUAGGUAUGAGGGAAUCAAUGGGAGGAGACUUUUUUCAAGGGGGGGGGUUAGCCUUAAUAUUAUCAUUAUGUGAGGGGGGGUUGAAAUUAAUUUUUGCUUAAUGAGAGGGGGGUAUGACUUAGUUUUGGGGCAUAUUUCACCCAUUUCCCAACAUCCCCCCCUCCAGGUAAUUAUUGCACAGUCCCUUGAUUAACAAAUGAAAUGACCCACAAACUAGCCCCCGUCCCAACAUAAUUUAACCGCGGUUAAUAAUGUCUGUGCAGCAGCAUCUGUAACAUUCCUGUUAUGGGCCCGCAACGGAUUCAAUAAAGUUUAAUCACCAGGCCCCAGUUGUUCAAAAGUUGGAUAGCGCUAUCCACCGGAUAAAUCACUAUCCAGCGGAUAGCGUAAUUGACUUCCGUAAUACUUAUCCGCUGGAUAGAGAUUUAUCCGGUGGAUAGCGCUAUCCAACCUUUGAACAACCGGGGCCAGGUCCGAGUUGUUCAAAAGUUGGAUAGUGCUAUCCACUGGAUAAAUCUCUAUCCAGUGGAUAAUGCAAUUGGUUUCCCUAAUACUUUUCCGCUGGAUAGAGAUUUAUCCAAUGGAUACCGCUAUCCACCUUUUUGAACAACUGGGGCCAGAAGUGUAUUUAGAUUUCCCUUUCAACCUGAUCGGCAAAUGGACAAUGACUUUUUUAACAGAUCAAUCAUGGUCUGACUUGAAUCUUGGCACAGAGUUCGGAACCCAGAACAAGGAUUUUGGUGUGUUUUGCAGAUGGACUUAACAAGAGUUUAGUUUCGUCUUUGGUGUAGGCUCAAUUUUUUUCUCGUGUGGUAAAUUGGCCCUAUGUGAAAAAGUGAAAAAUUAAUGACACGUGGAGCUGCUCACAAGCCUUUGACUAAUAAUUGUUUUUUUACCAAAGCAGCCAUCAACUUGACUAAUUACCUUUCCUUGCACACUUCUGAGUACAGAUGUGCAGCUGUAUGUGAAUUUUCCCUGACUACGAUUAGAAACCAUCUUGGAUACGAAUGACUGACAAAUGAAUAUAGAAAGCACACAUUUCAUAAUAGUAAUGUUUUCUUGAAAGAAUCAAGGUGCUAUUUUCUUUAUACUUCAUUUACCCUCAUCUGAAACAUCUCCCACCACACCUCCAUUCUAAUCCAUACAAUGUAUAUCAUUUUCCUUUGUGUACUUGAAUUUUUUUCAUGUUAAUUGUUUUAUUAACAUUGUUAUUAUCAUAGGAUGAUUCAACAGUUCAAUAAUGAUUUUGAGAAAGCCAUUGAGGGAUCUGGAGAUCAAAUUGAUACAAAGGAACUUUCAGGUGGAGCCAAGAUAAACAGAAUAUUUCAUGAGCGAUUUCCAUACGAGUUAGUCAAGGUAAAAUGGCUGUUAGUAGAACAUUUAUGCAAUGUAACGUAGAAGUCAAUAUAAAAAGUUUCAAAAGGAUUCUUAAAAGUAAAAUAAAUAAUAAUGUGCAGGGCAGAUUGGGGGGUCCAAACUUUGGUUAAGAAAGGACUGUUGAACUUUUUUGUGGCAAAUUACUUUUCACAGAGACGACCACGUGUUUUUAUCUAAUCUGUGAUCCCGGUUGCCGUUGGCGCGGGAAAUAGGGAGCUUUAGCAUCGACCACAGCAACGGCAGCGAAAACGUCAGUUUUAAAAUGAAUUCCCGUUUUUUCAAUCUUUGUCGCGUUUAUUCCAAUAUUUUGAGUUAAUUUGUUUGGUCCUUAAGAGUAUAGGCUGUGGAAAAAUUGUUGUCGAUUUGUAUACGUGACUCACACAACAGUUCUUAUUUUUCUACAAAGUGUGUACCGCUCGUGUCUGUUGCUUCACGCUGGUGCCCUCAAACCAAUCUGAACACUCCACAAUAAUACCCGUUGUGCAGUCUAUUUAACAAUUAGUUCGUGCGUCGCUCAAAAACGUCUUUGCUUAAGUUCACUAUUGAGCACUUGGGAAGUUUGGAGAGCACGAAAGAGGCGUAAGAGUUGCACGAGGCCUUCGCCUCGUGCAACUCUAGCCUCUUGAGUGCUCUCCAAACUUCCCAAGUGCUCAAUAUCUCGACAUACCCACAGCUGCAGCAUUGUUUUAUAACAUUAUCAAAGGGAUCAAUGCAGCAGUUAACUUAAAAUUUUAUUAUUGUAGGGCGCGCUCAAAGCAGUACGCGUCAAUGUUUACGUGACUAUAUUUUUUUUUCCUCACAGUUAAUCUUAUGUCUUUAUCCUGAAACUGAGAGAAAGUGUACUCUAAAAUGAUUGUAAAAUCCAUACUUAGGUGCCGGAAAACUAUUAAUUUACCGAAAAAUUGUUAUUGAGAGAAAACAAGUUUGCAAAGAAUGAUCUCACGCCAUAGCCCGCACAGCUCGCGGAGAUGACAACAACAACAACAACAACAACAACACUCACCUCUUUUCCUUACUAUCGGUUAACAAAUUCAAACGUUUCCUCUUAAAUUUCCUUAUAAAACACAUGGUAAACGCUUCAUUGUCUAUUGCUGAGCUAUGGAUAGACUCAGGACACUCAGGAUUGUUAAGCUCACAACAACUCGAGGAAUUACGAAUAGUUUAUUGACGUCAUCAGCGUGCUCAAUAGGAAUAUGAAGCACGCUCGCGCUAUUGAAUUUGAUUAGGCGAAUUUUCUAGCUAUGUUAUAAUGCUAGUCUGUAAUAACUAACUAGUGUUUCGUCAUAUGAAAUCUUAGGUUGAGUUUGAUGAAAAGCAGCUAAGAAAGGAGAUAAUGUUUGCUAUAAAGAAUAUUCAUGGUAUCAGGUUAGUAUUCUACAGUUUUUGGAAACAUGGCUGAUAAACACGACAAGAUUGCUCCUCCUUUUAGUUUUGUAUUCUACUUUGGGUUAAUUAACUAAUUUAAAAAAAGGUGGAUAAAUCCAUCCAGUGGAUAACGCAAUUGCUUUCCCUAGUACUUAUCCGCUAUCCUGCUUUUGAACAACCAGGGCCAGAUUCCAGAUUCUAUAUAGGAUAGAAUUUCUGUAUUUCCCAAAUAAUCUCCAAAAAUUGUGGUGAACAAGUUUCUCCAGACGCUUAUUAGGGAAACCAGGCAAAAUAGAAAUCUCGAGUCACAAAUUUGCCAAUUUUUAAAUCCCGUUUCUUUCUUUUUUUUUUUGCUUUAGUGAAACUAGAGUUUUCGUUAUUUGAACUUCAUCCUUUCGACUUAUUUGAAUUCCUUUUUGAAACUUGACGAUAAUUUGGUGGUGGUUUGAUACGUUUUCUGUUCGUAUGUGAAUGCAGGGUCGGUCUGUUCACUCCUGACAUGGCAUUUGAAGCUAUCGUCAAACGUCAGAUUGAUAAACUCAGAGCUCCUGCUGUGAAGUGUGUGGACAUGGUUAUGUCUGAGUUAGUGAAUGUUAUCAAGAAAUGUUCUUCCAACGUGAGUGAAUUCCAUUUUUGUACAUUUGUUUUAGGGUACUAAGAAAAUAAAACACUGUAUGUAUCAACAGGGCUGUGUCGUGCACAGCUAUCUAGUUCAUUUUGCUUAUAAUGCCAAGGUUAUUUUCUUCCCAACAAUGUGUAAUACAACAGCUAUUAGAUUCGGGGAGCAAGGGUGGCGCAGUGGUGAGAGCGCUCGCCUCCCACCAAUGUGGCCCGGGUUCAACUCCCGGCGUCGACGCCAUGUGUGGGUUGAGUUUGUUGUUGGUUCUCUCCCUUGCUCCGAGAGGUUUUUCUCCGGGUACUCCGGUUUUCCCCUCUCCUCAAAAACUAACACUUCCAAAUUCCAAUUCGAUCUGGAACGUAAGGACACGUUUAAACGAGUUCAUAUGAACUCCUAUGCGCUUCGUGGGUGAACAAGCAAUUUCCAUUUUUUUUUUUGUAAAAUCCGAAAUAAUCAAGGUCUCGGUAAUGGUUAUCAGCUUCGGCCUUCGGCCCGGCAGAUUAUCCUGGAUAUCACAAAAACCUCAUCCAUUAAUGUUUUAGUGAUAGUUAUUAACACUCUUUUUGAAUUGCAGAUGGACAAGUACCCACUGCUUAGGGACCAAGUAGAGAAAAUCGUGGUGCAACAUGGAAGAAAAGGAGAGGCUAAAUCUAAAGACCAGGUACUGGACGGUGUAAUAUGCAGUGGUGUAUUUUUUAUAUUAUUCGCGUGAACGUGAGAUGCCCAGAGUGUGGUAGUAGGCAGUAUUUUUAAGGGCGAUGUCUUUAUGUUUCAAUUCAAGGCUCACAAUGAAAUGCCAUUCAGUUUUUUUUAAAUUUAGAUCUUGCAGGAGUUUCUUCGGUGAAUGUCUUUUGAGAAUGAAAGACGCGAGAAAACAGUUUCUAAGCAGUUAUCGGCGAGAACCUUUUUCUAUCCCAACCGACCAUGAAGAAAAAUAAAAUUGCGUUGUUGUUUUACUGUCAAUUUUCAACAAUGUUUCUGGUAUUAUUUUGAUUGCUUUCACAAGAAGCCUUACAUUCUUCUCUUGUUAGGUUAAAACGUUUAUCGACAUGGAACUUGCUUAUAUUAACACGAAUCAUCCGGAUUUCAUCGGAUACGCAGAGUAAGUACAUCGUAAGAUAGACAUUUCAGUCGGUCAGAUACUAUUUUUCGCCAAUCAUAACAGUUCACAAUCGGAGGAAAAUUUCUGUCAGCAGUUUUUCAGUGUGUAAAAAUGGGGUAUUUGGCUUAAAUGGUUAUAAUCUUUCAUGAAAAAGGGAUAUCGUUUCCAGAAAUGACGACCCAAUAAUGAACCAACAAAGUAGCGUUUGCAACAUUCAGGGUUGUCACUAAGAUUUCAAGGUGCCGGGUAAAUACAACAAGUAGGCGAAGAAUCAAACAGCUAGGGGUUUGUUUUAGUUCCUUUUCUUUUCUUUUCCUUUGAAAGUAGCCGGGGGCCACGUUCAUAGUAGCCGGGGGAAAUCACCGGCCCCCGCCUCUUAAUGACAGCUCUGUGACAACAUCAAGAAUUUUCUGAUAAAUCAUUUUAGAACAGUAUGCUUAUGUAUUUGAGGACAGCUUCCAAAUAUAAGCCCCCGGAGGGGCUAGUUAUUAUUAUAUGGAGAUUUUUGCAUCUCGAAUUUAUGGGGCUUGUAAUUCGGGGGGUUGUAAAAAACCGAAGGGAAAAUAUGCGGAAUUUUACGGUUGAGCAGGCAUCAAGCGCCGAAGAAUACGUGCGAUCAAUACACAACUGGGGUUGGAUGUACUUCUGAUUGGUUUAAACAUAGGCACGUUUUACGUGCAUGAGCUAUUUUGAAUGCUUCAGUGUAACAGUAUUGGCAAUCUACUGUCUUAAUCCUAAAUUAAGGCUAUGUUUUGUGCGAAAUUGGGUAUUGCUGUACGUUAAUGAAAACGAGAACCGCACCGCAUAGCUUAUUCGAUCUGAUAAAUUCACUUUUCUUUGUCUUUCCUUCAGACAUCUGGUGCAAAAUAUUCAAAUUGUUAAAGUACUAUGAAUAUCAACUCACCAAAAGUUGCUUACAGGGAAGACUCGAAGGUUUCAAGGUUUCUUCAUGGUUUCUUAAGAUAAUGAAGGUCGUCGAAUACCGAAUAGCCAAGAUUUUCAUCAUCGUUGUAGAUGGUUUCAUCGUCAUUAUUCACGAGGUUAUCACGUGCGAUUCUACUUUAAUGAAACAGUCUUUAACUCUGACCACUUAAUUCUAAGAGUGUUAUGAGUUUUUGCCUCUUAAAAGAAAAGAGCCUUUGCUUAGGCACUAGUUACAAAGCUAAAGAUGUCUUCAUACGUUCAAGUGACUACUAUUGCGUGAGAUGUAGAAUCACACAGUUUGCCCGUGAAAGUGUCGGACUUGCCCCUUUCGUGGUUCGUACGUGAGGGAAUUCGAGUUAUCACACAGCAAUCCAGUAAACAGAAUUAUAAAAAUAACUCAUGCACACAAUUUGCACGUGAAGAGGUUGGACUUUAGCCCUUAUGCAAUUCGUACGUAAGAAAAAAACGCAAAUUGUUUACUAGAAAAUUUUUUCAAACGAUUUUAAGAAAUCACCGCUUUACAACAUCUGCAAUUAAAUUAUACUUCAUGCAACGUCAAGGUUGAUAGCCUAGCAUUUAUUAACUUCCAACAAAAUUAUCAAUUGAAACUGCCGAAAUGUAUUUCUACUCAUAUCAUAUUAUUCUACUCAAUAAAACAAUAUCUAAUUAGUGUCAACUAGCUUCUUCCAAUUUAAUUCCCUAACGUAACUAGCUGUUUCUACUUAAAGCCUGGUUUCCAUAUGAUCGCUACGAUCGCUGUGAUCGCUGAGAAAAAAAAGAUAGCGAUCAUAUGGAAACCACUUUCCUGAGCGAUCGCCGCGACAACGAUUAGGGGCACCCAACUUCAAUUUUCGGAAAAUAUCUGUUCGGAAGACGAUUUGCGAUCCAGAAUUUUCGGAACAUUUGUUCUUGCUUGCCCAUUUUUAACGGUUUUUUACCCUUAAAAGGUCACCUAGAAUUUUCGGGAGCCAUUUUUCUUGCUGAAAUUUUCGAAAUCAUGAUGGUAAGUUUUGAUCCCUGUAAUUCUCGGAUCACUAGACUUUCAGCUAGGAAAUCCGAACAGAUGAAAAAUUUUGAGGGGAUAAAAAUAUGCCUAUAUAUACCGUUUAAAUACUAAAAUACGUUUAACAAUGCUAUGUUCAGUGGUUUUAAACUAUAUUCUCGUUGGGUGCCCCUUAACGAUCGCUGAGAUAGAAAAAAUUCUAUCUCAGUGAUCGUUGUCGCUGCGAUCGCUACUAUCGCGGGAAAGUGGUUUCCUUAUUACCGCUAUGAUCGCUGCGAUCGCUGAACUCGCGGCGAUCAGAUGGAAACCAGGCUUAAGUUACGCGUCCACUUGUCGGUUGUCGGUUAAAAUUCACUUACUUUGUCGGUAGUCGGUUAAAAUUUUCGAUCUUUAUCGGUUGUCGGUAAAUCUCAGUUAAUAAGAAAAAACGCUUGUAAAUUAUUACUAUUAUUUUUUAUGUAUUUCACCCAGUUCCAAGACUUUGAUUCCUAAGGAAAAGACUUGGUAAAAGACAUCAUUUGAUUGCAUUUAAACUUCUUUAACUUUGGUUUGUUUGAGCAACAUGAUCGUUUACUUUACCUUCGUUUGCCCAUAUAGUAGUGAUAAAAUCACCAAAACUUUUAUUGUAAAUACGAACCUGGUUUCGCUGUUGACGACAGGGCACAAUAAAAAGUGAUUAAUUAAUGGACACAGAGAAAUCACCCACUCUAGCCUUUUGGAUACUUAAAUUAGUUUGAGUGAAAAACUGCAUGGGGUUACAGGCUGCACUUCUAUUAAUUCCUUUACUAUUUUGGCUCUAAGCAUGUCAUCCUCUGCCAUAAUUUUUCUUUCUCAGGGAAAUAAUCGGUAGUUCUUUAGAAAGUUGGCAAAGUAGUGGUUGGUUAAUUUCUUUGAGAUUGCACUUUUUCUUUAAAGCUUCUUUUAUAGUAGACAGUUAAGGGCUGGUACUUGUCACGAAAGGCAAUCUUUCUUUUCUAAACUUCCCUGUUGUUUUGUUUCAGGGGCGCGGUAUUCUUUCUGUGAGUUUUGCUUCUGAUAGCAAUUUGUCUUUCAAAAUUGUGUGGCUAGCCUCUGUCCAUCAAGCGCUUUUUGAAAUCUGAAAUACUUCUCCUUUGGCAAAUCUAUUUUAACACUUGCUGGACGACAAGAGGUGAAAAUUAUGUACUGAAAAUGCUCUUUAGUUUCUGAAAACAAAUAUCGAUAAUGUCGAUCCAUGUCGGUAGUCGGUUAAUUUUUUCCCUGUCGGUAGUCGGUAAUUUCUUCUCGUUUUGUCGGUAGUCAGUAAUAUUUUUCGUCUUUUGUCGCUAGUCGGUUAACCCCAUUAACAGCCCCAUAAAUACGUGCGUUGUACCGUUCGCGAUAGCCGAAUUCGGUCAGAAAUGUCUUGAAGCAGCAUCCACACUGAAAUAUGAACCCUUAAACAGCUGCAUCACUGUACACAGCGUUUGAAUUAUGAAGAUAUUUAAUGUAAUGCUUCUAAGCACCUGUAGCCGUAAUAAAAGACGAAAAAAUUGUGAAGAAUCAAGAUGGCGGUCUCAAAGUGCCCUUGUCCCCUUCGACCUUUAGCAAUGCCAUAUUUAAUAGAUACCAAGAUCUCAUUGGUUCCUAAGCAUCAACUCAUAGUACCUUCAACCUUAUUGGCUCUUGCAACAAACAUCCGAACAUACAAAGCCACAAAGAUACAUACGCUCACACCACUGACAUAUGAGCUAUCUUUUCAAAAUAGCUCAAAAAGUGAAGCGACAGUUUUCAGCCAAUUAAAAAGUGAAGAAAAGGGAACCAAAACCAACUUCGAAAUGUUUUUAAUUCUGUUAAAUAGCCGUGUACAAAAGUGACGCUGUUAUUAGAAUAGUCCUGACUUUUUCAUGUAUGUUAUAAGCAGGGGCUUUAUCUGAUGUUUGUAUUGUCUAUUUUUUAACUGUUUACCAGCAGUAAAACAGCUGAUUAUUAUUAUUAUUAUUUUUUUCUGAUACUACCUUAGGGCAUCAAAUAACUCCAAUCCAGGCGAAAGAAAAACAAAGAGAACCGUAUCCAACCAGGUUUGUGCUUAAAGAAACCAUUCUUUGUUCAGCAGACUUUCUCACUUCUACGUCCUCUCACACUCACAGCGCUCAGUGCAACGGUGCAUGCUAAGUUGUUAGCAGAGCCAAACUUAUUGAUAAAACCAUCGAGCCCUAAACUUCGCAAGUGGCAGGUAAAUUGAAUGACCAUAUAACACACCCAUGGAGGCGAUGUGCACAAGAUUUUUCCUAAGAGCCACCAAAUGUGUUAGUUUGCUUUCAUUCAAUAAUCGUUUCUUAGUGAACGGAUACUAGGGCGUGUGCUGUUUGCCUGAUUGUUUAUGUCAAGGUUGUGAUAAGUUGGUUUAAUUUGAUUUACAUUGGAAACUCUCGUAAGCGAACACCCUCGGAGCAUGGAAUACUGGAGCAUGGCCGCUUACAGGAAUGUGAAAAUACAGAGUUUGUGUGGGAGUGGAGAGAAAACGGGGUUUUGUGAAGGUGGCUGUAAGCAGAGCUGUUGCCCGCUUACGAGUGUCUACUAGGAGAGCCUUCGCUGUAUUUCUGUUGUUUCCCUCUUCUUCUAGUACAUGGUUACUGGAGCAUGGCCGCUAACGGGAAAGUGAAAAUACAGAGUUUAUAUGAGAGUCGAGAGAAAACGGGGUUUGUGAAAGUGGCCGUAAGAAGAGCUGUUGCCCGCUUACUAGUGCCCAGUAAGAAAGCUUCCACUGUUCUUUUUUUCCCUCUUCUUCUUCCUCUUCAUUUUCUUUCCUUUUAGGUGAUCAGGAAAGGCUGGCUCACGAUAAGCAAUGUUGGAUUUAUGAAGGGUAUCAGCAAAGAAUACUGGUUUAUACUAACAGGUUAGUUGGAGAGACUUAGGGUUGGUCAUUUAAGCAAAGCCUUUGUUAGAGCGCGGUGUAAGACACUCAGUAGGCCUCCAAACAUUUUUUAAAAGUUUUUUUGUAAAUAAUAAAUGGUAUUUUUGCUGGAAUGUAAGACUUCUUGACGCUGCCUUCUUGAAAUGCCUCAGAACGCGGUUUUAUUAAACACCUUUUAAACUAGAUCAUCUAAUAUUGUACGUAUGUUCAAUGCUGUACAUGAUGUUUGCUGGCUUUAAGUCUUUGGCAUUAACAAAAUAUUCUUGUAUUGGUUACUGUUUCUCUCAGUGGUUGGCCAAAAAUUUCGUACAUUUUUAUAACCAGGACUUGUGUUGGUUUUACGGCACUUAAUUCAAAGCCCUGUGCUCAAAGUGUGGAUAUUUAAGUUGUUUCAUUUUUUUCUGGGAGUUUUUUGUACCGAUUCCAUUCGACUUUUUGUCAAGUCACCUUGACAUUUAAGUCUGGUGACAAGUUGUUUUGGAUUGGUGUUUUUAUUAAGUUAAUUAUAUUGCUUCGAUCAAGAUUUCGCGUUGAGAAUCGAUGUAGGCAUUGUAGGCAUGUACCGUAUUUACUCGAUUAGCGCCCAACCUCGAAUACGCGCCCACACCGAAGCACCCACCCUGUAGGUAGGAAAGGUUACUAAGCACCCAGCGUCAGUAAUCACAGUACUAUUGUUCACACGUCAGUACUUAAAUUGUAUUCUGGAGUUUAGAGUUGAUGCAGGUGGGGUUAAGAAGACCUCCGUUUUUAUCCUCACUCUUAACUUUGACCAAACUUUAUAUCCUGGCGUUAGUAUGAUGUCCAUUUCAUUUUCAUUUCAUUUCAUUUCAUUUUAUUUUUUUUUAUUUUUAGCCGAAACUCUUUCCUGGUACAAGGACGAGGAGGUAGGUUUCAAACUUAUUAAAGAAACCUGAGGUCAUGUUACAGGGCACGUUUCAGGGAUGAAAUGAAAAGACAAAUCUUUUUGUGUGUGGUUAUACUUCUGCAUUAGGGAAACGCAAACUAUUUUUGCGGGUAAUAUGUCCCUUAACAUGUGGCAGUUCAAAUUACUGUCAGUUAAGCAAAAUGUUGAGAGGCCGUUUGUACGGUUGUACAGUACUUCUCUGCAACGGUAUCAAGCGUAAUUUGGCCAGGCGGGGAGACAGAAUUAUGCCUCUGACUAGCGUCCCUGUGACAUGUCUUUUGUGCGUGUUCUUGCUGUUACAAGUAGCUUCGGCGUGUCCUGCAGCAUGACCGACUGUGUUUAUAGAGCGUUUUCACAUGACGUCGCGGCGGCCACAUUGGUGUUCCAAAACAAUGAAACGGCGGCUAUGUUGGUUUACAAAGAAAAUCCUGUGGGAGUUGAACUCUUUUCUUAUGUAAAUGCUUUGUUUUGUUCCAAGAAUUUGCAUAGAUGCUGUCCACCUCAGCGUGCAAAGAAAGUAAUGUCCAAUAGCCCGGGGCUAGUGGAUUUUGCCAUCGGGCUAGUGAAUUCUGUUUUUAACUUGCCCGACGGGCAAGUGAUAUUUUUUGAGCAACUUGAAUAACAGAAGAACUGUGAAAUCAAUUCUGCUGGUCAAAAAGAUUUUGGGGCUAGUUGAAAUGACGUCUGGGCUAGUAAAUGCUAGCUUCAGCUUGCCCGAAUGGCAAGCUGUAAAAAUAAUUUUCUUUGCACCCUGCACCUGAGUGAAUACGCUCUAUUCUUCUAGAAUGCGCCACUUGAGAAGCGAUCACGGGACUGGUGCCGAAAUGUGUCUCGCAUUCUUACUGAGGAACGUGUCGGUCAGCUAUUGGCCAGUUAUUUUUCCAUGUCUCCAUUUCCAGCCCCAGAAGUCUUUGCGAACGUUUUUCCGACCCGGCUUCCUUCCCGUUUCGUAUUGCGUUCUAAGACACGUCACGGGUCAGGGGAGAAUUCAGGAACUGCCAGGGAGCGUUCUAAUUGGUUAAGCGAAAGAAGGUAAACACACAUGGCUUGUUUGGUCAGUCUAGCGGACGCGCGAAGGAAAGCAAACUUGCUUUUGAGGCCAUCCAUUUUCAGCGUGUUUAUUACCGGCAGUUGUUUUGGUCCCAAAGAUGCCAGACCUCACCAUAAGUAUAACGAGUUCACUUCACGGGCAGUUCUCUUGGUCCUAGAGAUACCAAACACCGUACACUCUUAUCUAUAACAUGGGCAUCAAUUUUGACUCAUCAACAAAGAUGAGCGUGGGGGAGGUGCCCGAAAAGUUGGUAGAGCCAGAUCCCAAGCGGAGAGCAACGCGUAACGAUGACAACCCUGUGAGUGGCAACCACCUGGGUCCCGUAACGCUGCUAACCAGUGUAACCUAGAGUUCUUAACAUAUACUUACCAACGGGAGGGAAGGGAGCACACAAGCACGAGCAACGAGAAGCAACGUGAACGUAAUGGGCUGACCUCUGCCGCAAAGCUGUAAAACCCCAAGGCCCCUGCGAAGCCAUAGGGCGCCCCGAAAAUCACAAGCGAGAGACUGCUGGCCAGCAUUGCCUCGAGUUUAACUUAGUCUAAAUUUCAUUAAGCCCCAUGUAAAGCAGACCCUUUGGUACCAGUAUUAAAGUCUGACUCUAUUUGCAGCGGAAAGAGUGACAGAGCCUGUCUGCUCUAAGCUAAACUAUGAAACAAAUAGCGUAUAACCAGGUUCUGGGAAAACCCUUUUAUGUUUUAUAUUGCCUUCGAACCAGGAAAAAGAACAAAAAUAUCAGUUAGGAUUGGAUGGCGUACGAUUGCGUGAUGCCGAAGCAGGAUUCAUUUCGCGCAAGCAUGGUUUUGCUAUCUUCAAUCCGGAUCAGAAGUGAGUCUUAAUGAUCUAACUUGUUUUCAACGUGAUCUCGGAUAAGUUCAACGAAUGCUUGUUUAUUGAACAAAGAGACCUAGAGCCUGUGGAACUACUGUUACGGCCGUCUGUUGUAAUUGUUCACCUUCUGAUACGUGACUUAAAUGGUCCCUCAGACUGAUUUAACUCUCAGCAUGAUUUUCAUGUGAAGAACACAGUGAAAUGGUCAAUAUUUUAUACUGAAACUGCACAUUUGAGUCAAGAAGUGCAGUGUGGAAUUUCUGUCUCAUAUAUUUACGUCAUUUAUGGCUCGAAAUUGUGAGUUAUGCUUUGGUAGUCGUUAUUGAUGGUGUAUAAUCUGAGAUUGAGAUUGUACAAGCCAAAUAAACAAUCCCUGUUGAAUUUUACGAUUCCGGAUUUUACGAUUCAGAAUAUCUUAGUGUAGACCCAUCCAAAUGUCAAAAAAGUGAAGAAAUCAUUUCAAAAAGUGGUUUUACACUGAGCAUGAUUAUCACUUUCAAAGUAAGUGGAAAACAACUAAGUGCCACAAACUUUUGUGGGAAUCGAACUGGAAAAGAAAUGUAUGUAGUGUAUUUUACGAUUAACUUGACCCGUAACUUUGCCUUAGAAACCUGUUUAAAGAUUAUAAAAGUCUGGAGCUGACUGGAGAAAACCAAGACGUCGUGGAUAGUUGGAAAGCUUCUUUCUUACGCGCGGGGGUCUACCCAGAAAGGGAAUCUUCAGAUGAUAAAAGUCUGGUGAGUUCCAUUAUCGAUGACGUUUAAAGACAAACACGUGAUGAAAUAGGAUGUGGUAAUGUGAGCAAUUCUAAAGUGCUUGAUGCAAUUUUGUGCUGACAUAACAUUGGCCGACGCGGAAAAUACCACAAUACUCUUUGUACUGCCGUUUGGGUAGUGCGUCAUGUAAACCUGACUUUUGCUUUAUCUUUUGUUCUUUUCGAAGAGAAUAACGACAAACAUACCGUCAAACGGAACAUUGCGCUUGAAAAUCAUGCAUUGCUCGCGUAACCUACGGAUCAGUCAGUUGUUUGUUUGCAGAUAACUAACUAAUCUGUUGGUUUGCGCUGAGUUCCAAAAUUAAUUGUAAGCUUUUAGCCAUAGAGAAGACAGUGAGUACCAACGUAUAAUGAUCCACCUGGUCUAACGAGGCACAAAAUAGAUCUUUUUUCUCUUUUCCCAGUUAAGAGAAAGCCCCUGAAAAAUCUGUGCCGGGCAGCUGAAAUGGUGUCACAGAAGAGAGUUCGAUGAGAGACCAUUACUGCUCCUUUCGGACGCAAUUACCUUAUUGCAUAAAACCGUUAAUGCAUUUCGCGUUUUUCUUCCUUAUCAUUGUCGCAUUAACUUUUUGUAUUUUUUGUUCUCAGCAAGGUGAGAUAGGUACCCUGGACCCUCAGCUGGAACGACAAGUGGAAACUAUACGAACCCUGGCCGAUUCUUACAUCAGGAUUGUCAGCAAGACAAUACGGGAUCUAGUGCCUAAGACUGUAAUGUUCUUUGUCGUUAACAAUGUAAGCUGCCUUCCUUACUAUACUUGAAUACGAUGAUGUCAUACAUGAUGAUGAUACAUUAUGAUGUCGUACAUUAAGCGCUCAGAACAGCGAUGUAUAAGCGCUAUAUAAAUUCCAUUAUUGUUAUUAUUAUUAUUAUUAUUAUUAUUAUUAUUCCGGUAAGGGAUGCUAUCGUAUUUCCGCGUGAACUGACGAAAGUGAUUCGAAUACGCUACUUGUGGACGCGUAUGCUUUUUUCCGCUCGAUACGAGUACACGAGGCCUGAAGUUUGACCUGCCUCCUUCAGUGCUAGUUACAAAUCUACUGUUAGAUUUCUUGUAACUAACAGUGAAGAAGGCAGAAGUCUCUGCCGAAAAAUGCAUGCUAAAUUGCUAUCUGUUAGUUUAACUUGUCGACCCGCUGCUGCGUACACCUUUUACUUUCUGUAUUUACAAGGCAAGUCAGACAGUUUACAAAAGGCUGACUUGCUAACUGAAUGGUGGGUGGGUGAACGAGUAUGGGGAUGGAUAAUUGCAGAUACUGAACUGUUCCCCUCAGGGGUGACAACCGUAAGUGAAUGUCUUCUUUGCUCUGUCUUACAUUACAGGUAAAAGAUUUUAUUGGCCAAGAGUUGCUAGCACAUUUAUAUUCGACUGGAAAUCAGGUGAGAGAAAGUUGAGAACAGCUUUGAUUCACGUUUGAAAUACGUUUGGUAGAUUAGUACCGUUUCCCUGAAAUUGUGUUAAGGUAUUUAAUGUACUCACUCCCCAGACACAUCUGAAAAACGUAGAAUUCAGUGGUAAAAUGAGGAGGAGGCGGCGUGGCCGAGUGGUUUGAGCGCCGGACUUGCAAUUCGGAGGCCCCGAGUUCAAGUCCCGCUCUGACCGCUAGCUGGAUUUGUUCACGGUAGUCACGAGUUCAAAUCCUGGACCACGCUUGUAAAUAGCCAGCUGGUUUACCUCCCGCCAGUUGGGAUUCUUAACCCUGUUAAGGUGGCUCGACUGGAUUUUUUUAGGGUUGAUACCUGCCAAGUUUGAGCAUUAACUACGUCGGCAUGAGUAAAGAUACGGGAAAAAAGUUACCACAACUGUAUUAUAUAAAGAUGAAAAUUUCUUAUGAUCUGGGUUUUAUUGCAAUCGCCAUGGCAACGUAAUGACGCCAUUACGUUUUUCAUUUAUCUUUGUCUUUCUCUGUACCAGGAGUUUUUUGAAGAAAUCGCUUAAGGGAGUAUGUACCUGCCAUAAUUGCCUCCAUUAUGGCAAAGUUUAAAGAAAUUCUGUGAGAGCGUUUUCGAAAUAUUUUGAAAUGCAGUUUUAAGAAUCAUAAAAACAGUGAAAUAGCAUGCUAGCCGCACAAUUCGCUAAUAUUUUAAGAAAAUGAUAAGCUUUGGGAACGCGGCUUCUUCUCAUAGUGGUUUGAUUCCAUUGAAAACUGCCUACAAAAAAAGAGGGGAAUUGCUCUGGGCGAUCUCGAGUAAGAAGAAUUUUAUUAACUUGCAUUCGGCUGCUUUUGAUACAGUUUUUGGACGUAAUUUGGUCCAUGCCUAAAAAUUUCGCAUUUUUCCAAAAACCUCCUUAUUCACUGGCAUUGUUUCCAAGUUUCAUAUACACGUGCACAUUUAGCAAAAAGAUAGAAUUUGCAUCAAAAAGGACCCUCGGUUAAAUCUCCGGGAUAUGCUAAUUACCGGGUAAAGAGAUUAGUGAUACAUUAUAACAUCAGAGCAACUCUUUGUGAGAGUUUCUGUGAUGCUAUAACCCGAGUAAGAUAAUUAAGUAUUGCAUCCUACACGAUGAGCCGUGACGUUCACCGUUUCGGCUCUCACUGCUAUCUGUGACGACAAGCCAAUUAUUAGCAUAUCCGGAUAUUUCUUCGGAAAGUAAUCGAGAGUUCUUUUUUAUGCAAAUUUAUGUCUUUUGCUAGUUGUGCACGUGCAUAUGAAACUUGAAAACAAUGCCAGUGAAUAAUUACGACGCUCACUUGUAAACACAAAAUCUAGGGGGGAAAUUGGUUAUGUUUGAGCCCCUAUUUAAAAGCCUUCCCCUUUUUCAAUGUUCUUGAAACUUGCAGGGAAUAUUUCUUGACAAUUGAUCUCGGGAUUGUCGAAUUUAUAAAAAAAUUUAUGUAGCGGUUUUUGGAAAAAUGCGAGAGUUUUAGGCAUGGACCAAAUUAGGUCCAAAAACUGUAUCAAAAGCAGCCGAAUGCAAGUUAAUAAAAUUCUUCUUACUCGAGAUCGCCCAGAGCAAUUCCCCUCUUUUUUUGUAGGCAGUUUUCAAUGGAAUCAAACCACUAUGAGAAGAAGCCGCGUUCCCAAAGCUGAUCAUUUUCUUAAAAUAUUAGCGAAUUGUGCGGCUAGCAUGCUAUUUCACUGUUUUUAUGAUUCUUAAAACUGCAUUUCAAAGUAUUUCGAAAACGCUCUCAUAGAAUUUCUUUAAACUUUGCCAUAAUGGAGGCAAUUAUGGCAGGUACAUACUCCCUUAAGCGAUUUCUUCAAAAAACUCCUGGUACAGAGAAAGACAAAGAUAAAUGAAAAACGUAAUGGCGUCAUUACGUUGCCAUGGCGACUCCGAUUGCAAUAAAACCCAGAUCAUAAGAAAUUUUCAUCUUUAUAUAAUACAGUUGUGGUAACUUUUUUUCCAUAUCUUCACUCAUGCCGACGUAGUUAAUGCUCAAACUUGGGAGGUAUCAACCCUAAAAAAUCCAGUCGAGCCACCUUAAGUUCAAUUUGAAUUAUUUGUUUCAAGCAUUUGUUCGGCCCCACUAGCAUAAGGGCUAUAAAUACUGCCGAGGGUAAAUAACGGAAUAAUAAUAAUAAUAAUAAUAAUAAUAAUAAUCAUUAUUAUUAUUAUUAUUAUUAUUAUUAUUAUUAUUAUAAAAGUAUGAUGUGAAACAGUUGCGGUGAAAGAGCCCCUUCAAAUGUCCGAAGUUUAAGGCUUUGUUCACCCUAUACGGAAGAGCUUUUCGUGACGUCACGAAAAGCUCUUCGGUAUAGGGUGAACACCAAUCCGAUGUGUGGCUCUCCACUUUAGAGAUCGGCGCGGGGCAGUUUCGCUCCGUUACAGAAAUCGCGCCGUAAUCACCGUUCUUAUGUGUGAACAGAGGCCCCAUCCGGUAUGGUUUUCAUGCCGACGGUGCAAGUGCUAUCCGGUAUAGUGUGAACAUAGCCUAAGCCUGGUUACUGUUAACCGUCUCGAGGUCAAAAAUAACCUAAUUACGGAGGAAGCCAGCAAUUUCUUUAUAGCUAUAGCAGAACCUCGAUAACCCGAGCUCAGAUAACUCGAAUUCUCCGCUAACUCGAACUAAAUUUUCUUUCCCUUGAUCAAAAUUUCACUGAAAUUUACCCCGAUGACUUGAAUUCCCCGGUUACUCGAAAUGUUUUUCGUUUCCCUUCAGAGCUCGAGUUACCGGGGUUCUACUUAUUGCUAGUUUGCACUGACGUCACGGCAGCCAUGUUGGUGGUCAAGGACAAAAGCAUUUCUCUCCUCUGGGAACUAAACUCUAUUUUCAUGUAAAUUCUUCGAAGAAAUAUUCUUUUGUUUUGACCCCCAACAUGGCCGCCUUGUCAAGUGGUUGCAAACCAUUUAAUACAGAGUUUUAGAUCCGAGUUUACCGCGAACCUCUAACCUCUGGAGGUCACGUGACAAGUCUUUCGCGUCACGUUUGAGGUUUACGACUUGCGUUUUCAACGUGGGGAGGUAGGUUUUCACGUAUGUCAUUUACCUGAAAGCUUUUAGUGCAUAAUUCUUGUUUUAUCCCACGUAAUGAUACAAAAAUCUUGUGGAGCAAGUCUUUAUCCAUUAACAGAGGCACAAAUUCGGGCGAAAUGCUAAAUUUGAUAAAUCCUAUUGGCUCUUGAAAACAAGUGCCAUUCAUGGCUGCUGAUUCAAAAUGGCGGCCGUACAUGAUUUGCAAGAAGAACUAAUGUAAAAAUUUACAGCUCUUUGCUGCUAGAUAACUCAGUGUUACCGUAAAUUUAUUUUCUUUUCACUGAUUGAUAUUUCUAAUAUUUCUAAAUGGAAAAAUAAACCAGAAUACACUUCUUUAAUCCACCGCCAAUCUAAAUCGAAUUAUGUUUGAACGUCGAACCGCAAACGGGUAACCGCAAAGCGCGGUUUGAGGUUCGCGGUAAACUCGGAUCUAAAACUCUCUAUUCUCACCUGUGUUUCCUCGUCUUGAGUUUUAGAUUCUAGGAAUGUUACGAAACCAUGAGGAAGACGGUAGUGAAGGCGUCUACUAGAGAGUGAAUUCAUGUGCUUUCAAUCUUCAUCGCUAUUAUUUCAAUUCCGUGUUGAAUUCUGCUGCGAAAUCUAAGUUCAAAAAUAGAGAGAAAUUCGUCUUCUUGUGUUCACAUUUCCAUUGACAGUACAUCUCAUUAAGAAAUUUCAUGCCGUAUUUCUGCACGGGACGAAAAAGAAAUGUACCAAAAAGUGUGGUGCACGUCCAGAGCAGUUGUUUUGCACAAGUUGAUGGUUUAUAACGACGUAAAUACAACGACAAAAUUUGUCUUUAAUUUACUUCCCAAGAAUUCAACUUACGGAGAAUUCGCUUACAUUUUGAUAACCUUAGGCAGGUAAACUAAUGACAAUGAAAUCUGAAAGAACGCGAAUACAUAUUACAAAUGCCGUUUUGGCUCCCGUCUCUGCCUUGGGCCAAGGCAAAACGUUGAACUUUUCAUGAGACGAACCAAACUUAGUGAGUUAAAUUCAUGAAAAAUUCGACGUAUGGCUCAGUUAAGUUCGUCUGAGCGAGUUUGGAUCGUCCACCUCAUUCUAUCCGUCUGAAGAUCGUCUCCGGGACAAACGUCGAUUUUCACGUGCGACGAACUCAACUGAUAAAUUUGUACGAUAAUGUAUAUUUAGCCUUGUUCGGGAGAAAUUUAUAAAAAAUAGCUUAUUGGUCUGAUUCAGUUGAUUGAUUCGACGGGUCCUAAGUUCGACGUCUGACCCAGCAGAGAAUCUUAACUUAUUAGGUCGCCCAAAUUAGAAUUGGUUCGCCUCAUGAAAAACUUCGACGUCUGGCCUAGGCCUUAGUUCCUUAAACACCCGAUCGGCGUGCGUAAGUUCCCUGUGUUUAGUGGCGAAUCCAGACCUUCAGAUAAGGGGGGAGGAAGGGGGGCUUUCAUCCAGACCCUGAGAUAAGGGGCGAGGAGGGGUCUCAAAAGAAAUUUUUUUUUUCGGACCUGCGGGCCUCAGUUUGGUAUAAAAGUAAGGGGGGAGGGGUGGGUCCCCCUGGAUCCGCCACUGGUGUUAAUUAUGACUGUUCAUGACUCAGAAUGACCUGAUGCAAGAAAGCGAGGCCGAAAUAACUCGCCGCGAGGAGAUGCUGCGCAUGUUUCACAGCUUAAAAGAAGCUCUACGGAUAAUCGGCGAGAUAGACGCCACCACCAUCACCACAGCACUGCCGCCGCCUGUGGAUACGGGAGAGCUGGACUCAACUGACUCAUACAAACCUCCAAGGUUUGACAAAUAGUUUUCUCUUGAAAUAGACUUUUUACUCAAAUCCUUCUGUUGCUGCCAAACAUAUGUGAGGACCGCACACUCGAAUUAAAAAACUACCUUACAAGUUUUGGUACGUUACAGAAAAUCCAUUUUUCAACCAAACAUCGUCAUGUUCCACUCCCAGCCCGGAUCCUUUCCCCUCCCAGGUUCGUCCCGGGUGAGUUUGAUCGUACGCUGAUUUCCCAAAGAGGUGGAAAAAAAUCGGUUUUUUUAAUGUGUGUAUAUGCUCCCUUUUUGUUGUUGUUGUUGUGUUUUUUAUUGCUCCGACUUAAAAGAGACGCGAAAUGGUUUAUAGGCAAUAUCUGGCAACUUGUAUCUUGGUCUCAUUUAAUUCGUGCCACAACUGUAGUACACCAUAGGUUGCAAGUCUGUGACUUGCUUUUAUAGUACUUGUAAGAACAUUUCCAGUACACUUGUAAUUGUUUUUCUUUCUCAAGGGGAAGCAGACAGCCGCCUCCACCUCGACCGUCCUCGGGUGCAAAUCCCACACCACCCUCACGCCCUUCUCGUCCCGUCCCUAGCGUGCCAUCAAGACCAGACGGUACUCCAACUGUACCAAGGUGAGCAGUGCAUAUUUUACCACGCUCAAAUGAUUGACAAAUCAGUAUUCUCGUGUAUUCACCGAGUUGUUCAAAGCUGGGUUAAGAUAACCCGGGGUUAGUGAAAAAUUUGAAUUCAGAUAUGAAUGCUCAAGAAGCAAAUUCAGUUUAAGAAAAGGUCCAGAUAAGAACGAUAGCAACAACGGCAACGAACAUGUUGGAAUGCAAAAAAGGUGCUAACUUUUCUAUUGUCUGUACUUACUUCUGAUGGGCUUAAACAGCAAAAGUUAACAAAACUUCAUAAAGCGGUACAUAUAUUCAUCCUUACUUUCCAACCAUCUUCCAUAUAACAAAAUCUGGUCUCAGUUUGAAUAACAAAGAAAUCCUAUGUGGGGAACAUGUAAAAUUGUAAACUUUUCUUGGCUAUUGUUUUCAACUCUUGUGAUUGGUCAAAAUCUUUUAACACAAAAAAACACCAUUUCAAAGUGGAGUGUAAAUGCAUUUUAUUGCGUAAACGGCCUUCAUGUAGGUUUAUGCAUUCUCUGUGUAAAAAUGAGAACAUUCCUAUUUGGGGAAAGCACCGUUGCCGCAUAACAAAAGAAAUUGCUAUCCACCUCACCCGGAUCAUUACUUAAUUCUUUUUGUCUACAAUUUGAUGAUUAGAUGCUCUAAAAAGAAUACAGAAAAUUAUCCGAGAAAAUGCUUUUGAACUAAAGAAAAAGAAAUUUAACCCCGGGUUAGCGCUAAUCAGCCUUCGAAAAAGGCUAUCGAACAACUGGGCCCAGGUUCAAAAUUCACCAUCACAUCUCUGUCAUUGCGCAUAAGCGAAUAUCGACAUUCUUGUCCUAGCACAAGGUUCGUACAGGUCAAGGAAAACCUGGAAAGUCAUGGAAUUUAACAAUUUCAUUUUCCAGGCCUGGAAAUUCAUUGAAUUUAAUUGCCGGUCCUGGAAAGUCUUGGAAAAUUAAAUAUUAUUUUAAUAGAUAAUUUACUGCAGAUGACAAAGCAAAGACAACAUUGAUCAAGACGAGAAAUCAAACAGCGCGAACCGCACACAUUUUGGUGGACACCGGAGUUUGUGUCUGUUGAACGAAGACAAGGAGAGCUUCAAAAAUUUUCGAAAGCGACUGCUUAACCUAAUAGUCAAUAAGAGCUAGAAAAUUUGAAAAAGUCAUGGAGAUAGUCAUGGAACGUCAUGGGAUUUGAAGAGCUUAAAAGAGUAUGCAGGAUGUUGUCACAGGAACCUUGUUUAGAGGCCUUAGCUGCCAUGAGUCUUCCUGUAACUCAGUGGUAGAGCAUCUGGACUAGUAACCAGAGGGUUAUAGGGUCGCGCUCGGAUUUAUUCUUCCGAGCUACUUGUGUCAUUGAUUAAAAAAAAAAAUCGUCUUUCUCGAAGCAAAAUACUCCAAAGCUAAGGUCGAAUGAAUGAGUAUACUUAAAUCAUAAUGUACCGCGAACUUUAAAGGAUGAAAAUAAGUUGCAUCUUUUUGGACUCCGAUGCCUUUUAGAUGUCCAUAAGAGCGAAUACUUGAAAAUGCUAUACCUUCUUUCACACAUAGCAGUAACUUGUUGACGAGAGCUAACAUUUUAAGGGGUGUCGAAUGGUCUUUGCCAACAUUCGCGAGCAUGACGAGCACUGCGAUUUUUUGCGAGCACGAGCAGAAAUAAAAAAUUUGCUUUGCGACCUUGAGAGCAACGCAAAAAUUUGGGGAGCACGAGCAAGCGAGCAAUACUUUAAAUUUUGCGAGCAAAUCGAGCAAAGGUAAAAUUUUGCGAGCAGUUAAAAAUUUUAAUGGACCUUUCAUCACCCCUAUUUUACGGGUCGUUCCACAGGUCAAUAAAAAAUGAUGUGAUGUGAAAUGCAUCUGAUGUGUAACGUUUUUGUUCUUUUUGUGUCUGUUUCACCACAGGAGACCCAAUGCACCAGCAAAGCCAGCUCCUCCGCCUCCAGUACCUGGUCGGCCACCUGUGCCCUCAAGACCUUAAAUAUCAGCUGUGUCUUUGCAGUACAUAAUAUGUAGCAUAAAGCCUGGUCCCAGUUGUUCCAAUGGUGGAUAACGCUAUCCACUCGAUAAACCUUUAUCCCGUGGAUAUUGUUAUCCCAAUUGGUUUCCCUAAUACUUAUCCGCUGGAUCGUGAUUUAUCCGAUGGAUAGCGCUAUCCACCCUUUGAACAACUGGGACCUGGUUUCCAAAUAAACGUCGGGAUCGUCUAUAUCGCCUCGUAUUUUUGGGACGAUAGAGACUAUCCAACUAUCCGACUAGCAUAUGUAGAAACGUUAGUUCUGUCCAAUUGCACCAUAGGUGCGCUUGGUCGUCUCAAUCACCUUAGCAAAUUUUGAGACGACUAAAUUUUAAAAAAUCUCUUGCGAUACCCGGAUUUGAAUAAUAAAUUCUAUUUUCUCCCGAGCCAGCCAAUCAGAGCACGCGUACCACUUAGCAGUAUUCAGUAGUCCGUAUACCAUUCGUAAUAUCUUUCUAAUCGUUAUUCCACUUCCUUCCCUACAUCUUUCUUGAAUAAAAUAGUACGUAAUGGCCAGCAACUCUCAUUUUAACUAGGUUUUGCAGAUCGGUGAAAACGAGAAGAAAGCAAUCAAAACAAAACAAAAAGCACACCCUAACAAGAAAUAUUUUACGCCAAUGUUGUCCUCGUAUUCUCCAAUUUAAUUGUCGGGACAAAUGGAGGUUUUUUUUAGAAAUAGUUACAAGGUGGAAGUUGUUGAACGAAUUCUUUUUAGGUUAGUAGUUCUUUUGCAAUAAUGAACAAGACUGACUUAGUACAGAAGUUCGGGCUUCCGCGACAACAAAGGCUUGACGCGAUUCAGCGAGAGCCUCCUUUUCACCUUCCUAAAAUGAUGCUCUGCCAGCAGGGUGAAGGUUGCAUCGUCAACAACAUCAAUUUGCAGAUACUACUGCGUCUCUUAUUUCUCUUCAAAGUUACCGGGGUGGCAUUAAACGCCAGGGCGCUCUCGCACAGAGCACCUUAUUAGACUGGUAUAGUAACAAUAAUCGUGAUUAAAGUGGCCCAAUGAUAAACAACCUUUUGGUUUUCCAUAAAUGGAAAUCUACGUAUACGAAAAAAAAUUAUCUUUAAACACACUUAACCGAUUUAGCCCGCGAAGAAAUGAUGAAGUCAGGUCUUCAGCAAUUUUGCAUGAAAACGAGAUUGUCUGUCAUUUUGUCAUGCUAAACUCUUUAGAAAGGUAAAAAAUGCUGUUGCCUUUUUGUGGUUUAACCCUUCUGAUUCUUAGGAGAACGGUUACGUUUUCCCUUCUCCCUCGACAAAUUACCAAAGUACCUCCUCUGUCUCUUUCUUUUCCAAUGUCAGACGAUUUCAUCAAAUCAUUUUGUCGAGUUUUUCUGGCCUUGUAUAAGCAUGGCAACAACAUGUAAAUAGAUAUAACAAUGCAGGAAUGAUUAAAGUGAAUAUUGGCGUAGUUAAUACCGGUUUACGUAGUUAUUUUUGUUCCGCC